UGGCGGCGAGGUCCCACGUGACCCCCUCCUCCCGAGGAGGGCGGGGAAGCCGCGGUUGCCAGGCGACGGCGCAGCGAGCGGCCUGGGCAGGAGGUCUCUGCAAUGAGACGGGACAGUAGCUUGUCAUCAUGGGGGACAUCCUAGCCUAUGAAGCUGAGUUACUUGGGCUGGUGAAAGAGUACUUGGAUUUUGCAGAGUUUGAAGAAACGGUGAAAAUAUUUACAAAGGAAUGUAAAGUAAAAGGGAAGCCAUUACCAAAAAAAGUUGGAAGUUCCUUGAGAGACUCAAAAGCUUUGAUCAUCCAGAAGGAUCUGCUCACAGCAUUUGAAGAUGGUGAUCAGAAAGUUUUCUUUGAGCUCUGGGAGGAGAAUAUCUCAUCUUCAAUCCGGGACAACGAACCGCUUGUCCAGAAGCUGGAGUUUUACCUUCACAUAUACUUUGCCAUCUACCUCUUGAAGCAUUCAGUGGGAAAGCCUGACAAGGCUGAGUUUGAUGAAAGGAUUUCUCGCUUUAAAAUGUAUCUGGAGACAAAGGGAGCUGCAUUGAGCCAGACCACAGAAUUCCUCCCCUUCUAUGCCUUGCCUUUUGUUCCCAAUCCCAUGGUCCAUCCGUCAUUUAAAGAGCUUUUUCAGGAUUCCUGGACAGCAGAUUUGAAGAUGAGGUUGGAAAAGUUCCUAUCUCAAACUGUCAAAGCCAGCCAUACUCCAAGACUUUUCACUUUAUAUAAGGAGCAUGGGCAGUGCAGCAAAGAAAUGUUGCAGCAGCUUCAUCAGCAGCUCAUGGAAGCUGACCGCAGGAGCAUGACCUACGUGAAGCGCUUUAAUAAAAUCCAGGCAGACUAUCACAAUCUCAUCGGGGUUACUGCUGAGCUGGUUGAUUCCCUCGAGGCCACAGUCAGUGGCAAGAUGAUCACGCCGGAGUAUCUUCAGAGCGUCUGCGUUCGCUUGUUUAGUAAUCAGAUACGGCAAAGUGUAGCGCAUAGUAUUGACUUUACAAGGCCUGGAACUGGAUAUUACUCUAUGAGCCCUUGUGAUGACGGAUAUGCAUCAACAAUGUUGCGAGCAUCUCUUGCCCCUGUGAAAAUGCAGGAAGUGCCAUUGUUGCCCUCGUUGGAUUAUGAGAGGUUGAAGAACGAUUUGGUCUUUGGGAGUGAUCGCCUCAAAGCCUUCUUACUGCAGGCCCUGCGCUGGCGUUUGACAACAUCUCAUCCUGGAGAGCAAAGAGACACAGUCCUGCAGGCUUAUAUAGGCAAUGACCUCCUGGAUUGUCACAGCAAUAGUCAGAGAAAUGUGCUGAAAUUGUUGCAUUCCAAAAGCGAGGUGGUCCGACAGUACAUGGCAAGGCUUAUCAAUGCUUUUGCCUCGCUGGCAGAAGGUCGGCUUUACCUUGCCCAGAACCCGAAGUUGCUGCGAAUGCUGGAGGAAAGGCUGAAAGCCGAAGACAAGGAUUCCCUUACACGGGAGAACGUUCUGGGGGCUUUGCAGAAAUUCAGCCUCAGGCGUGCUUUGCAGUCGGCCAUGAUCAGGGACGGGCUCAUUUUCUGGCUGGUUGAUGUCCUGAAGGAUACAGAUUGCCUGUCAGAUUACACGCUGGAGUAUUCUGUCGCCUUGCUCAUGAAUCUUUGUCUCAGGAGUGCAGGGAAGAAAAUGUGUGCAAAAAUUGCAGACCAUGUGCUCAAAGUCCUCUCAGAUCUCCUCGGCCACGAAAACCAUGAGAUACAGCCGUAUGUGAAUGGAGCACUGUACAGCAUUCUAGCUAUCCCUUCCAUACGAGAAGAAGCCAGAGCAAUGGGUAUGGAAGAAAUUCUGCGAUGCUUCAUCAAGGAAGGAAAUGCUGAGAUGAUCCGGCAGAUUGAAUUUAUUAUCAAACAGCUCAAUUCAGAAGAGCUGCUGGAUGAUAGUGUUGAGUCAGAUGAUGAAGAGGAGGACGAAGAUGAAGAAGAGGACCAUGACACAAUGGAGGCCGACCUGGACAAAGAUGAGAUCUUACAACCUCAGCUGGGAGAGCUGUCGGGAGAGAAGCUGCUGACAACUGAAUAUUUGGGAAUAAUGACCCAUACACCCAAAGUAAAGAAGAAGCUGUUCCCUGGUGUCCAUCAGAGUAUAGACGAGCCUCUGCAGAGACCAGUCACACCGGGCUGUCACAGGGCUGUGUAUCCAACGCCAGAAAAUGAUGCCAUUUCUUCCCAUGGCAGGGACGGCAAACUCCAGACUCUGCAGAGCUGUCGUCCUCCCACCCAUAGUGGGAGCAGGUCCAACUCUUCUGACUUCUGUAUUUCCUCUUCAUCAGUUGAAAUCGACUCAUCCAAGAUAUUCUCAUCCAGUCUCAGAAUGCAUCCGCACGUCUUGGGAGCUACCGAAAUCCUGUCUGUCCAAUCCACUGAUUUCACCCAGGACAAAGUAAACGGGCAGCCACACAGCGAGUUUUCUUCUGCCUUCAGCAGCAGACCCAGGAUCCCCCGCACACCCGACAUGCCUUGUGCCAGCACCAGGAAGGGGAAAAUCCCAACCAUUGCACCCCAGUUCUCUCAGUCUGGACCGCAGCAAACCAGCCGCCCCAGCUCUUCAAGUUCUUCUGCAAGAAGCAGGCAGAGCAGCCAGUCCUACAGGAAGUGAGAACAGCUCCUUUCCUCAGGAAUCACCUGUCACAUUGCCGAAGGACACAGUCAGCUUCCUGUAAUGAGCCGCACUGGCAGGCUACGGCGAGCUGAGGUUAUCAACACCGCACUGCAUACGCCGCAUACAAUGCUUCGGGGACUAUCUGAUGGGAUGCGUCUCCUUCUGUCUUUGCAACGGGCUAAGACAAGAAGGGACCUUGUCGGGAUUCAGCAUCACUCCAGCAGCAGUGCACAGGGCAGAGCCAGUAGAAGCACCUGAUUGCACGGUCUCUAAUUUAAACUUAUUCUGAAACAACAUUGCUGAGUAGCAUUAAAACAGUUCUGUCUCCCCAGCUGUUGGAGUAAAUGCCCUUUGGAGAAGCUGCUCCCACAGCUAAUGUGUUGCUGUUUCCUUGGUCCCAGGUUCUGGUCUAGGGAAUCGGUAUGAAACCUGUUUCAAAAGCCACGGCUUUGUUUAUGAGCUCAGGGCUGGGACAUAUCCAUGCAAGGAGACUCCAUCAGCCAAGAAAGACACUGCCCAGCUCUGAGCUAGCUUUCCCGACCACCAUCCCCAUGACUGCAGCGGGGUUGAGUGUGCAUCAUAUAGCUCCAGAUUUAGCCGGGUGAUGUUUGUGCUGGGGUUUCAUCCCUGUGGUUUGGGAAGUCCAGGCAGCAGAGAUUUCUGGCAGGCCUCACACAGUGUGCCUGCUAGCUGGCACUCAGUGCUUUAGGAAGGUGCAUAGUCUUGCUCCAGAAACAGCGAAGGGGCCAGGGAAUUAUAAGCAGUGAUUGGAAAUGCCUGCACCAGUUGCAUUGCUGUCCCACAGGGGCCCAUCAGCAGCUUUCUCUGCCGAUCCCCUUUUGUCUCCCUCUUCCUGUUGUCUUACAACCCAUGAAGUGAAAAAUCUGCUUUCCCGCUUGGGAAGGGGACCUCCAUUUCCUCCUGAAGGAAAGCCACAAAGGCCCUCCAGGAGGUCACGAGCGACUGCCCCUCCACAAGGUCACGUCCUCUGCGUGUGCCUCUCCAGUGUGAUUAGAGCUGGUUCCUUGACACUUCCAUACCCUGCACCACAUUCUUUACUGCUGGCUCAAACAAUGAGGUGUUGCAUCUGCUUGUGAAAUCCUGGCAGGAACCCGAUCUCAUCAAAUAAACUUGGGCUCGUCUUUAGCCAAUACCAACGCUCAGAUGAGCGGGUACAAGAGUUCUAUCCUGAACACAGAGAUAGCAGUUAAUUAUCCCCACAUCUUAUGAUGCAGAAUCUGUCCUGUUCUAGCUUUUCCUGGUAGCAGCAAUGAAGAACUCAAUGCUGAACUGAGAGCCAUUAUAACUUGGGAUGUGCCUGGUGGGGAUUCCCUGGGAUUUUAAGCAAACAAAAGUCAUCGCUUUCAGAUUUCGGUGACCUAUGAGAUGAAAUGAUCAAGGCCAAUUCCAUCGAAGUAAGGGCUGGGUGCUUUUUAUUAUGAUUUGUAUAGCCAGCCCUUAGUGACUCAGUUUGUGCUGCUUGCUUCUGCAGACCCAGAGGGAAGAUAAACUCUGCAUUUCUUGGUCUGGAGUGUGGCUUUUGAAAGGAAGUUUUCCAGUAAUGCAGGGAACGGGCUUAACCAGGCCCUGUCACCAGGUGGCACGGCCAUGCACCUUCUCCCACCUCUGGACCAAUUAAUGUUAUCUAGAAACACAAGCUGGGUAAACUGCUUCUAUCAGAAGCUGGAAGGAAGGUGAAGGAUCAGAUAGCCCGCUGUAGGAAACAGGCACGCCCUCACUGACCAAAUGGCAAUUUGUGUUAACAGAAACUAGGCAUGAAUUGAGCCGACUUUAUCUUUGUCGCUAAAACACAAGACAUCUUUCUUUUUUUUCCAAUAUCAUUGGCCUCCUGGGAAAAUUAGGGCACUGGGUUGAGUCCUGUCUCUUGUUGUUAUGCUUGAGUGGGCCAGAUCUGAGCAUCAGUCAGUGGAGCAGGGCUGAUUUGCAGCAGCUGAGGGUCCCUGUAAGAAGGGUGCGUGUUGGGGGCAGGGAGGAAGGGGUGUUUCCUUCUUCCAGGAGCCUUUACAAGCCAGCAUGAUGCAGGGAUUUUCCCUUUUAAAUGUUUCAGAUUGCAGGUCUUCAUUUUGUGAACUCACUCAGCCUGUUUCAGACUAGCCCUGGCCUAAUUUACUGUACAUAAGGCCCCAUACACACUGAUGAUGAAACAGGCCAUGCGCAGGUGUGGAAAUCAGACCUUGGCAACAAAGGCUGGCAUCAUAACUCCCCUGCUUCUCGUUGGAAAACUGGACGUGUUGGUCACACGAGAAAUUUUCCAGUCCCAAAAACGAGGUGAGCACUGCCACUGUGAGCAGGUCACCAUUAGCCAGGUAUGGAAAGAAGAAACCCAGUAGUAGGGAUGUAGUCAAUUCUGCCCAUCGUGCCUGAAGGGUGGUGGUUACUUGCCUGCACCAAGCAGCGGCUGCUCCCACGCCGAGUUUAGGAUUGGAGCAGUAAUUGCUAGCUUGACUGAGGCUGGCAUCCUGACUGUGAGCCGUCUGUGAUCUCACAUGCACAAAGCCAAUGCAACCGUUCCAUGAGCCUUCAAAUAUAUAAGAAAAGGAAAAUUGUCUGGGGACAAAGUGGUGCCAGGCCAUUAUACUGUGCCUCUUGCAUGGAAAAGUUAAAAGCUGUUUUAAGAUCCAUACUCAGGCCACUUGUAUUUAUAGCUCACAUGUAGUUAUAAGAGGCAUGAAAUGUGUGUGUCUGCAUGAUAUUUAUAUUCUGCAGGAAGGGCUAAUGGGAAUGGAAGUGUGUGUGUGAUACCUCUAAAGGGACAUUUGCAACUAUUUGUGCAGGUUUGCUUGGUUUGGGUUUCUUUCCCCUCUUUUCUUUACAUUUUGCUGCAUGUUGGUCUUGAGAAGAGCACUCCUUCCCCUGCCGAUUGCUUCUCCCAUCUGUUGGAUCAACAUUGCUCCAGUUUAUUUAGCUCUUAUGGUCUCUGCAGCACCGCUGUUACUGAAGGAACCAGAAAUGUUUCAGAGCUGGCAGGGGGAAUUUGCACUCUGGUUUUGGCACAGCAGUGAAACAAGCCACUAGCUUGAUGCCAGGGAGGUUAUUUCUUGGUAGCAGAAUAGUGAGCUUAGCCAUCCGAGGGGGGUGCUCAGACUCGGGUUGGUGCUGUACGUGUAAUGGGGACUCACGCCCUCCUGGGUGUUUCUUGUGACAGGUGAAUUUCCAUUGCUCUGUUUGUUCCUCCCUUGUCCGUACAGACACGUUAGAAGGGCAGCACUAACGAAGAGUGACCCUGGCUCAGUUCCUGGGAGAUGUGGACAUCAAAGCUCCAGUGACUUCACUGGCAGUGAGGUGCCUCUAUACCACGGAUGGCUAUUAAGUAGAAACCCUGCUGACUCAGCCUGCCCCAGCCGAGCUGCGUUCUCUCUCUGGUUUUAAACUUACAUUUAAAAAAUAUAUAUUUUUAAGGAAAAUUUUUUGUGUCCCAAGUCUAAUCAGCCAAAUCGAUUCCAAAUCCGGGAGUCAUUCAAGAACCAUGUGUGGUCCUGCUACCGGCAAGCAUCCUCCACCCCUGCCUGGGGCUUCAGAUGCUUCCAAAUUCUUUGGUGAGCAUCCUACAUGUAGGCCCAAGCCCGGAGGCUUAGGGUUCAGAUGCCCCCGAGUUUUGCUUGCCCUCAGCCAUAUGGCCUCAGAAGCAAGCUAUGGAGGAGUCUCUCAUUUCCAUGAAGUCGGUGUAUACCUAAAAUCUUCCCACUGGAAGCGAAAGCGGAAGACUAACGAUGCAUUACCUCUGGCAGGGUACUACCCCCUGGCACAUUUGUGGUUUUCCCCAACCAGUAGGAAAACCACCUUGGUCAGGGGUGGGCAAAAUGCAGUCCCAGGGCUGGAUGCAGCCUGCCAGGCCAUUCUAUCUGGCCCACGGGGCCCCUAAAAAAUUUAGAAAAUGAAUAUUAAUCUGCCCUGGGCUGCCUGUCAUGCGACCCUCAAUGCCUUGCUGAAACUCAGUAAGUGGCCCUCUGCCCAAAAUAAUUGGCCGCCCCGACCUUGGUGGUCCUGGUAUUUCCCCUGCCGGGUAAGUAUUUCAAAGGGGCUGUGGCUGCGAGGGGUUUUGGUGGAGAGUGAGGAAUACCAGGUGGCUUUGGGCAGGCAAGAAAAAGAAUCGUCCCCAAUGUGCAGUAACCAUUUAAAAAGGGAAGAUCAUACAAAGAGGGCCAGCCUCACUGCUCCCUUGACCAUCCCUUUAAAGCCUAAUCAUGCAACCAGCUUGCUGAGAGCAGGUGCGGCCCAGGGGCAGUCAGCUGCCCAUUUAUGAUCGCACUUCUCAUUCCUACGGAGGUGAGGUCCCCAGAGUGGGGCUGUUUGGCUGGAGACCAGAGCAUAGUAUGUUGAGGAUCUGCAUUACAAAGGACAAGCGCGUGCUGUCUGUUCCUCUUCGCACACCACAGAUGCAACCAUUAGGUAGCUCAGGGUGUGAACUGUAUGCUCGGAGUUCCUGUACCCUGCCAGUCCACCAUAGCGCAAUGCGUGUAAGAGAGGCAGAGGAAGCAUGAAGGAGUAGCAGCUAUGUAAUCUGCAAAAGGUCAUUUAAAUAUAAUCCUUAAACAGUGAGGCCCUGGCCUUGGGAAUCCAGAGCUUCACUAGAACGACGGAUGAGCUUUACUAGAACAAGAGAUGCUCCUAGGUUUAAGCUUUGACCCUGCUCAAUGCCAGAGGAAUAUUGCCUUUCCUAAUUACCAAUGUCCUGGCAGUGUUUGAUGCUUUAAAGGAAGUUUCUCCCAAUCCCAGGUGGUUGGUGAUUAAAGCAUGAGGGUUUGUGUUCCUUAUAAAUCUGGAUCUUACCUAGGCCCUGAGGCCUUCCAACUGUUAAUCAUACGGGCAAAUUCUUGUCUUCCAGAAAAUUUAGUAUCAGCAACAUUUCCUCCUGCUACUUCAGGUCCCUUCCAACCUCCUCGCAUGUUCACACAGAACGAGCGUAUUAACUUUCACCAGGGAAAAUGAGGAUCUGGAGAUGCUCCAGCUAAAUGCGAGGUCCUCCACCCCUCAGUACAGGGCACCUGCUGCGUGUUUGCAUUUGUUCACACAAUAGAAAUGCCCUGCAGAGAAUAUCAUCAGUAAAGAGACAGUGCCCAAUGGGAGGGAAGGUAAAUUAUUUUAUUCGCGGUGGGUCUGAUGUGCGUGGAAGUGUAUUUAAUUAAAAACGUGGCGUUCA